AUGAGAGCAGCAGGAAUCUGCAGCAUACAGCAGGGCCUAACCCCAGAGGCAGCAGCCACCGUCAAACAAGCCAUCAGCCUCGCCAGGCGCCGCGGCCACGCUCAGGUCACGCCCCUCCACGUCGCCAGCGCAAUGCUGGCCUCCUCCGGUGGGCUCUUCCGGCGGGCCUGCCUCCAGGCCCAUUCCCACCCUCUCCAGUGCAAAGCCCUCGAGCUCUGCUUCAACGUCGCCCUCAACCGCCUCCCUGCCUCCACCACCGCCCACCUCCUCGCCGCCGGCCCACACCACCACCACCACCAUUCCUCUACCUACUACCCUUCCCUCUCCAACGCCCUCGUCGCCGCAUUCAAGCGGGCCCAGGCCCACCAGCGCCGCGGGUCCGCCGAGAACCAGCAGCAGCCCAUCUUAGCUGUCAAGAUCGAGGCCGAGCAGCUCGUCAUCUCCAUCCUCGACGAUCCCAGCGUCAGCAGGGUCAUGAGGGAGGCCGGAUUCUCCAGCCCACAGGUCAAAACCAGAGUCGAGAAGACCAUCAAUCAUAACAACAACAACAGUAACACCACGACCAACAAACACAACAAUAAAAACGUUGCAACAAGUUCUGCUGCUCUCGAUGUGGUACGUAGUAACGAUUACAAGCCCCCUCACCAAAUGAGGAUGAUGUCCGUUCCGAAUUUCGGACAUCAUCAGCUAGUGGUACCAAAAUCGGCUCCCGUGGAUUACUACAAUGUGAGGGAGGAGGAUGUGACUGCUGUUUUGAAUUCGAUGAUGGCGGGGAAAUCGAGGAGGAACAUUGUGGUGACAGGGGAGUGUGUGGAUACAAGCGAGGCUGUGGUUCGAGCCGCGAUGGACAGAGGCGCUGCUGCUGCGGAGUUGAGGUCAGCGCGGUUCGCUAGCCUUCCUCUAUUCACCCUGUCCAGCCUGUCGAGGGCGGAGAUUGAUCGGAAGAUUUUGGAGUUGAGGUGUAAUUACCUCCUGACGACGAAGACGUCGUCGUCAGGGUUCAUUGUUCUGUAUGUUGGUGACAUCAAAUGGGUGGCUGAUUUCUGGUCUAGUUACGGGGAGCAGAGCAGGUACCUGAUGAACAGCAGUAGUUUGUAUUACAGCUCAAUGGAGUAUGUGAUCAUGGAGAUCAAGAGGCUGGUUAGGGAUUACAGCAAGCAAUUGGUGGUGGUGGGGAUUGCUUCUUUUCAGGCGUACAUGAAGUGCAGAGCAGGGCAUCCUUCUCUGGAAGAUCUGUGGGAGCUUUCCUCGCUCACUGUCCCCGUGGGGAACGGGCUCAGCCUCUGCCUCAAUUUCGACCUCCAAUCCCCCAAAGGAAGGGAGAAUCGGCCGCCAAUGGAAUCUUCAGCUGCCAUCAAUUUCGGUGAAGAAUGUCGAAGCGGUUAUGGAGGUAAAGAGCCCACCAAACCCAACUCCAGCUUGCCUUCUUGGCUCCAGCAGUGCAAGGAAGAGACCGCUGCUGGUGCUGCUGCAGCGAAUGAUGAAAACAGAGUGUUCACAUUCUUCGACAUCUUCGAACCGGCCAAAAACAAGAGAUUCGCUCACCGUAGCAGCAACAAUUUGUGGGGGAGCAGCAGCAGGAAUCAGAGUCCUGAUAGUAGUACUAGUAAUUGCUGUACUGCCACAAAGCCAGAUCUUCUAUCCAACCCAAACUCCAGCCCCAACUCUGCUUCGUCGAGCGAGGUCAGCGACCAUGGCGGAGACGACGACAGGAGCUUCAAGGAGUUCAAUGGCAUCAAUUUGCAGAUCCUCUGCCGUGCUCUGGAGCAGAAAGUCCCCCAUCAGAGGGAGAUCAUCGCGGAGAUCGCCACCGCGGUUUUGGAAUGCAGGUCGGGGACGAAGAGACAGAGGAGCAGCAGAGCAACAGAGAGAAGAGAAGAAACUUGGCUAAUGUUCGAAGGAGAAGAUUGCAGAGGCAAAGAGAGCGUGGCGAGGGAGCUAGCUCGAGUCGUGUACGGUAGCAGCCAGGCAGGUUUCGUCGCGAUUAAGAACAGUGGUAAUGAUGAUCUUGAUCUCAGUGAGGCAUAUGUCGAACACCUUGGGCUGGCCCUGAAUGAGAAUCCUCACAGGGUGUUCUUCAUUGAAGAAAUUGAUCAAACUUGGAGCAAUGCUGAGAAGGGGAUGAGGAAAGCCAUACGGACGGGAAGGGUGAUGCUCUCCGGGGGAGAAAGCGUGCCACUGAAGGACGCCAUUGUCAUCUUGAGCUGCAAAAGCUUCGACCAAUAUCAGUCGUCGUCUCCAUGUCUCAGCAGAAAGAGGAAGCGUGGGGGUGAGAGCAAUGGGGAAGAUGAUCAUCAUGGGCUUAUUCUGUCGCUGGACUUGAAUAUGAGCAUUGACGACAGUAGCGAGCGUGGGGAUGAUGAUGAUGAUCAGCAGGGCAGCAAUGGGAUUGAGCAAUUGGUGGAUGUCAGGGUUGUUUUCAAAGUUCAUGGUGAUCAAGAGUUGUAG